GUCUGACAGUGGCGCUGGUGGCUGGGAACAGGAUGCUGCCAGGCCGAAGAAACGCACCGACCUAACGGGGCAGCAUCCUUUGUUUUCUGGAACUGGAUAACCAGGGUUUGCUGCAAGAGGGUGUCAUCUCACCUCAGCUAAGUUUUGCAAUAGUCUGCAAUGUCUUAAAGACAAAACAUUACAUCAAGAUUGUGCGGCAAGUUGAAAGAACUGAAGCAAGGCUGAAGAGGGAAUGGGGCUUACUCUUCUUGCCAUCCUUUGCUUUUCCCUCGGUCCUGUGGAAGCGCUCAUCCACACCACUGCCCUGUAACGCACUCAUCACUCCUCUUGCUUCUGUCCAUUCUGUCACUGCAGUCAUUUUCUCUCCAUUUUUCUUGAUGAAUAGGUCAGCCAUAUCCAAGCUCCAUAACCCAGUAGAGUUUGCUAACAGAAAGAGUUCAUCCAAGCCCAGCAAUGCAAAAGUAGAUGUGACUGCAGCACUCCACUAGCCCCCUUAGUUCAACAUCUGAGUCAGUCCCACAGACAGGAGGGCUUCAUCUCUUUCUAGACUUUCUCUUCUCCACAUUGUGUCUUCAUGCUUUGGGGGUCAUCCAGUGCCCCUGUCCUCUGUCGACGCCCCUGCACCUGUUGCAACCACGGCCGACCACCCCAGCCAUCUCGCUGCCAUGCCGACAGAGACACUGGCUCCAGCCCUGCCAGAUAGCAAGGCUGCUGGCCCUGCAACGCACUUCGGUUCCACUGUACCCCUACGCAUCCUCAACAAGGGUCCUGACUACUUCAGGAGACAGGUGGAACCUAACCCAAAGCGCCUCAGUGCUGUUGAGAGGCUAGAAGCUGACAAGGCCAAAUAUGUCAAGAGCCAGGAAGUUAUCAAUGCAAAGCAGGAGCCAAUAAAACCACCAGUGCUGGCCAAGCCUCCUGUUGGACAUGCUCUGUUGUCCAAGAGAGCCCCUGGGAUUGGUGGAGGGGGAAAUGGAGUUGGGAUACCUUUCAAAGCAUCCAACAACAACGCCAAGUCAGACACAUGUGGAGCAAGCAGUGGCUGCAGCAAACGGGAGAAUUUAAACCUGGAAAUUCUAAAAAAUCUUCUAAACUCAUCAUCCUCUUCAGGAGCAGGAUCUGAAGGACUAGGAGGAGGAGCUAAGAGUGCUGUGCUGGUGAGGUCAUCAGGGGGAAUGGCCAGGAGUUGGACUCCAUCUGGGAUGCCACUAACCUAUAGAUCUACAAUGACUCUUAACGAGCAACCACCAGACUCGGCCCCCAGUCCCACUACCUCACACUCCCUCCGAUCCUUCCCGCACUCUCUGAAGGUCCCACUACUCAACAAAGGGGGUCGUCGCAGUCCACAACAGGGAGGAAACCUCAACCUUAGCAGACGAGUCCUGGAUGAGAGAGGUGAAAAAGUGAUCGAUCGUUCUCGCUCCCCACUACCACCACUGCUCACCUCCCAUUCGUCCUCUGACCUUUUGCGACUGUGCAAUGGCAAGCCACUCCGUACAGCCCGAUCCAGUAGCUCCUCAGCUCCACCCCUCCCUCCUAAACCCAACCCUGCCACACUUCCUCCUCCUGCACUUUCUUUGUCACUACCCCCUCGUCGUACAACUCUAUCUCCCUCCCCUGGUGAAAACACCACCCCUCAGUCGCUGCCUUGUGACUUUGGAGAAUCUUCCAAUAUGUCAGCUGAUCCCAACGUGGAGCCUGAGUUCGGUUCGUCUGUGGCUCGCCGCCCCUCACUACACAGAUCUAAAUCAGACUUGUCAGAUCGGUAUGCCCGAGCUGGGGCUGAUGUGGAACGCUUUUUUAACUACUGUGGCCUGGACCCCGAGGAGCUGGAGACAGUUGGUCCAGAGAACUUUGCACGGGCCAAUUCAGACAUUGUCAGCCUAAACUUCCGAUCAGCUUCUAUGAUAUCCUCUGACUGCGACCAGUCACGACGAUCCUCCAAUGAUGGGCUGUCAGAUGCGGAUGAAGGUGAGGACGAGGAGGAGGAAGCUGGGGAGCGGGUGCCAUAUGGUAUCUCAGCUGUGGAAAGAAAUGCACGGGUCAUUAAAUGGCUGUAUAGUAUCAAACAGGCAAGAGAGACGCAAAAAGUCUCACAUGUUUAGGGCAAGCACUAUUGUAGGUACUACAAACUGCACCUUGUUCUCAGAAUUAAUAGGUGGACCAUCAUUUCUUACAGUGUUAGAGAUCGUGUUCUUGGCACUGAACUGAACAUUUGACAGUAUGUGUAGAUGAAUGAAUGGAUGGGAGAGAAGCAUUGACAUCUCUAACCGAAGUAGGAAAAUACACAAAACUUUGGAAAUUUAUGAAGAAUUGAGGAAAAAGACUUUUAUCCUCUUAGAUUUAGAAGAAGAUGAACACUAAGAACCGAAAGAAACAGUCUGGAGAGAAACACUCACGAAGUAUAGUUGGGUAAUGGGUUCUCCAUGUUCUCUGUACACACCAACAGAAAAACUGUUUGCUUAAGCAACAGUAACAAGAACAAAAUGCACUAUGAUUGUCCAAGGACUGCCUCAUUACAAAGGGUUAAAGGCAUUUCUAACAGAGAACAUUUUGGCUCGUCAUACAUGCUGUGGGUGUGUAGACAUUCCAUUAAAAUGUAGCCUGGUUUUACACCUUUGAUCAUUGUUCACUCUCUUUUCAGUGAAAAGGUCUAGUUUGUCUGUCUCCCCAGCUGGAUUAAGAUUAUCACCUUCCUGCAUAACAAGCCAACUAAAUUGCUGUAUCUGUGCUAAAAAAUGGCCGUAGGUUGUGUGUUGACUCAUGUCUCAUGUUGUUCUAAAAGUCAUUAUGGAGGGAUCCAUGUAAUAAAAUGACUGGGGGUCUGAAGAGUGACAAAUAAUAAUAAUAAAAAAAAACGUAUUAAAUUCAGUGGGGAUAUCACAUUAAACCAACAUAUUUGUCUUUUAAAUCAAUAACAAGGUUGACACUUUAAAAAUGUUUAGUUCUAUGAUAAACAACUGAAUUCAUCUAAAUGUACCCCUAAUAUUAGCAUUCAUUCAGUUUCAUGCCUAUGAAAGAGAGCCACCAUGACAGUUGCUCCUGUGCUUUCUCUGAAAUGACAAGUCAAAAUGUCCACUGUAAGAAAACCCAGCGUCAUGUUGAUGCCUCUGUUUGAACAAACUUUGGGAAAGCUUCUGACCUUUAAAAUCUGCUUCUGUAAAAAAAAAAAAAAAAAAAAAAAAAGGUUCAGUGAUGUUAGUACACCUUAGGACUAUAGUGAAGUACAGUCAGUGCAGUAACAUGAUAUUGCUGCGUGUGGUUGUUAAAGGAACAACGGAUUCAUUCAGCACUAGCCUAAUCAGUCACAGAGACUCAUUAAUGUACAGUAUGAUAAUGACAUUUCAAGUGGUGGAAAGCUAACUUUCACGAAACUUCAGCAGAUGUUAUAGAUAUUAUAAUGGUGAAAUGAAGGCCUCGGCGUGUGUGACGAGUGAAAGAUGAAGGAAACAGGAAAUGACAAUGAUGUUGAACAGAAACACACGAAAUGUAAUGUUUCAAGAGUACUUGUCUGUACAGCAUUAAGGUUACACUAUCAUAUCAUAUCACACUGAUAAGCUCCGUUUGGCCUUUAUCAACAAGUAUGCCAUGAGCCUGGUAAUGUCAGGCAACAAAACAUUUACCUGGAGAGUUUUUGUGUCCUGUGAUUAAAUAGGCUGUUGCACACUGACAAGAACCUAAAAAUUGUUAGAUGUGAGCCCCUUUUACAGUGUAAUGACUUAAAUCAUACCGUCUUAGGGUGCUUUUACAUUUGAUGUUUUUGGUUCAGUUUGAAUUAGCUCUAGUGUUCCCACAUUGAAUUUUUUUUUUUUUUUUUUUUUUUUUUUUCAUUUAGGACUAUGUGAUUGCUGUGAUUCAAUCUUAGACAGACUGUAGACCAAAGAACAGUACCAAGACUUGAUCAUUUUCCAACCAACCUCUUGUGUGGUGUGGUUGUUGUACAAACUGUAAUCAAUCAGACCAAUCACAUGACUUUGAUAGUAUUUGUUUUUUAACAUGAUUUAAAAAUCCACUAUGAAAUGUAUGCUUUUUUUCAUUGCAUACAAUGUAUACAAGUUCUUAUGCAGCUCCAUGUUACCAAAAAACUUGAUCUGCUUGUAAGAAGUAAAUAAAUAAAAUAAUUGUUUAAGCUUGACAAUAGUACAAAAACAACAUAUCAGAUGUUUAAACUCAGAAAUGUAAUUGUUUUGGUUCAUUGGCAACAGGUCAAGUAACAUCAAGUGCGCUGUAAACUUGACCUAAAUAGUCAAACAUUUACAUAAUCUAUAUUCCAUCACUUACUUACUCACUCGUUUACUCAGUAAAUUCCUUACAAAUGUUAACAUGCAGAUCUGUUGGAAAAUUCAAAAGUCAAAGUAGCAGCCUGAGUGUGAUAGGACCCCAAAACACUCCUCCAGACACUAUAAACUUACAAUGAAAGCAAUACUCAUGCUAUAUAGGGACACACAACAGUAUUUCACAUCAUCGGAAGUUGGAAGGGAAAUUGAAAUCAUCAGCAUGUUAUGUGUCGGCAUUUUCCCCAAAUGAAAGUUUAGGUGUUCAUAGUGGCCUAUGCAGACUUCAUCCAACACAUUACAUAAAAGACCACCAGGCUGCACUCAAAAUGAACAACCUUGCCAAUGCUCUGCUUCCUCCGUCUGUAUCGUUCUGUGUUCAAGUCCUCAAAACCAGUCAGGAAACGUGUUGCUUUACCCUUGUGUGCUCUUUGAUAAUGAAGGUGGAUUGUUACAAUUCACCACAACCCUCAUUGUCUGUCUACAUCAUUGCAAGUUGCUGGCAUGUCAGAAGGCCUGAAGCCAUAUUGGUGUGAAUGCAGUGCCUUGGUCAGUGGCUAUGAGCUGUCAGUGUGUCUAUGUGCCCCACCGCCUCCUUAACCACACCGUAAAUCUGUUGAAGGUCUUCGAAACUGUGCCCAACAAUAGAACCCACUGGGUUUACUUCACUUCCCUGCACACAACAUGCAUUUUAUGGAAGCACCAACACAUGAGACAAUUCUAGCCUGGUUCGGAAUACAGAUAGCAAAGUUAUAAUGCCUAGGGUGAGUCUGUUGUAGUUCGAUGACCUUAUAAAUGUAUUGAAACCAAACAACUGUGAAGACAGAUGAAACCAGGUUUAACAGAUCCUCCUUAGGACAUGGUGUGAGAAUUUGAUGAAAAGAUGCAGCUAUCUUAUCCUUUCAUCCACACCUGACACAGGAAUAGCAGAUUUUACUCAGAUGGGAGACACUUGAAAUACAAAUUGUAAAUGAAAGCUGUAUGCACAUGUUUAAGGUUGCCAAGGUGCACGUGCCAGUAUAAUAGCAAAUACCUUUUGUAAUUUUUGGAUAGAAAAGUGCCACCUUUCAGCUAUUCAAAAAGACCUUUCAAAGAAACCUCUCACAUGACCAGUUGUGCAAUGAAACUUCCUUGAAUGAAUUUAGGAUUCAUGGAGGAAUAAAAACAUUUCCUGAUGAUGUGUUUUUGUUUCUAAAACUCAAUGAUCUAUAAAAUAUUGGCAUGAAAAUCUUCCUCCCUGACACAUGGUAUAAUAUACAGACCCUUUCCAAAAAUUAUAAUAUCAUGGAAAAGUUGUGUAAUUUCCAUAAUUCCAUUCAACAAGUUAAACUUUCAUAGAUUAUAGAUUCACGGCCCACAAUUUAAAUGAUUUCACGUAUUUGUUUAUUUUUUCAUAAUUUGAGCUUCCAGCUCAUAAAACCCACGAAAACAGGAAUUCAAAAAAAUCUGAAUACUGUGAAGAUAUCAUUUAGUUCCUCAGUUUUUGCAGAAAAAAAAAAAAGACAGAAAUUAGGAUCACAUGAAACCAAAAUAUGGUACUUUCAAAAUGCUAUGUCAAUCUUCAGUACUUGGCUGGGAAUCCCUUUGCCUUAAUCACUGCCUCGAUGUGACGUGGCAUUGAGGCAAUCAGCCUGUGGCAUCGCCUGGGAGUUAUGGAAGCCCAGGUUUCCUUGAUGCUUGCUGUCAGCUCUUCUUUGUUGUUGGGUCUGGUGCCCCUCAUUUUCCUCUUGCGAAUACCCCAUAGAGUCUCAAUGGGGUUUAGGUCCGGCGAGUGGGCUGGCCAGUCAAGCACCGUGAUGGCAUGGGCAUUAAACCAGGUUUUAGUGCUUCUGGCAGUAUGGGCAUGGGCCAGGUCCUGCUAGAAGAAAUCUGCAUCUCCAUACAGAUCCUCAGCAGAAGGAAUCAUGAAGUCCUCUAAAACAUUCUGGUAGACUGUUAAGGUGACCUUGGAUUUAAGAAAGCAGAGUUUACCAACACCUGCACCGGACAUUGCACCCCAAAAUCAUGACGGACUGAAUAUUUCACAAUGGACCUCAAGCAGCUUGGGUUCUGUUCCUCACCCGUCUUCCUCCAAACCCUUGGACCUUGAUUCCCGUAUGAAAGGCACACUUUCCUUUCAUCGGAGAAGAGGACCUUGGACCACUGGCCAACAGUUCAGUCCUUCUUCUCCUUGGCUCAGUUGAGACACUUUCUACGCUGCUUCAGGUUCAGAAGUGGCUUGACCCAAGGAACCCGACAGUUGUAGCCCGUCUCCCGGAUGCGUCUGAAUAUCGUGUUUUUUGAAGCUGUGACUCCUGCCUCAUUCCACUCUUUCUUUCUUGCUGGUGCAUCUUCUCCUGCCACAUUUUGCCCUUCCACUACUCUCCAUUGAUAUGGUUGGACACAGCACUCUGUGAACAGCCAGCCUCCUUAACAAUCAACUUUUGUGGCUUACCCAUCUUAUGGAGGGUAUCAUUGAUGGUCUUCUGGCCAGUUGUCAUGUCUGCAGUCUUCUCCAUAUUGAACCAAACUGAAGCAAUUGAAUGACACCUGGGGAAACCUGUGCAGGUACUUUGAGUUUAGUAGAUGAUUAGUAUGUGACACUCAGUUUAAAACAUUCAUGCCCUGCAAAAUUUGGGCUGAUUUCUUCACAGUAUUCUAAUUUUUUGAAUUCCUGUUUUCGUGGGUUUUAUGAGCUGGAAGCAAAAAUUAUGUAAAAAUAAACAAAUAAAUACUUGAAAUCGUUUAAAUUGUGGGCCCUGAAUCUAUAAUCUAUGAAAGUUAACUUUUUGAAUGGAAUUAUGGAAAUUAAACAACUUUUCCAUUAUAUUCUAAUUUUUUGGAAAGGGUCUGUAAUCAUCUCUCUACUAUGGAUCUACAGCUUGACAGUUCUGCUGUGUGGAGAUUAUUCUUUUUAAAAAUAUGAUUCUUCAUCACCAUGAAGAGUCAUAUUUUUAACUUAAGUGACAUAUUGAUGUCAUGAGCAUAGAUGCUAAUGUUUGAUAAAUACAGGUCAGAACUCAAACCAAAGGAGACUUUUUUUUUUGCAAACUUUUUGCAUUUAGGUCACCCAGCAUCAAAACUCUGAGAUACCCUUAUGUAAAAGAUUUCUUGGUAGAGAUGAAGUAACAGUAACGAAGUAAGUAAACGAAUUGCCGAAACUGUAUUUCCAACAGUGAAAAUAGAGGACUAUGUCUGGAAGGUUCAACAUUAUGAAACAGACAAUAACAAAUGCUGAAGAAUGAGCUGGUUGGUCUCAGGGAGAAACAAAAAAGGUUUAGAUGCAUACAUAUUUCCUAAAUUGGACUGCAGUGGAAGUGAAGUGAAGCCAGUCUGGGAAAAGUUCUUCACUCAUGUCCUCGCUCUGAACUCUGGCUGUGCUAUCGUGUUCCUGACUUGCCAUUUCCCCAUGUCUUCCCAAUAUUCCCUAUGGAACCCAAAAAUUCCUGCUGCUUCUCACGGUCUGCAUUAAAAAAAGACUAUGUCGUUCUGUUCUAGCAGAAUCAGCAUUAUUCACUAGAACUUCAGUCUUCAUGGUGUAUGUUCUUCUUUUAUCCUUGGAUUGACAGUUCUUCUGUGGUACUUAAGUUUAAUUUUUCCAUGUGUGUGGAAAUGCUGUAAGAAAAAUGUAAAUACUGUAUUUGAUUCUUUAAAUAGUAUUGUGUUGAAUUUCUUUUUUUUUUCGUCUAAAAGGUGUGUUAUAAAAGACUACACAACAAAAAUACUGCUGUUUUGCCGUUUGCCCUCAGUUGAGAACUGGACACAAAUGUUUUAGAGACUCCAGUGUUGACUAUGUUUUUCAUUGUGGAAAUGGUUACAUUAUGCUUGAUUGAAAAUACUGCAUUCAUUUUUUUUUUUUUUUUUUUUGCAUUAUUUCAAUAAAUGGCUUUGUUUGUCAUCUCUUAACA